AUGACGGUCAACAGACCGCUUCUGCUUCUUUUAUUCCUUCUCGUUUCGGUAAGUGUUCCCCCAGAGGUGGACCCUAGAAGUCAGCGAUUAAUCGGACGACAGUACAUAGUACAAAGUAGAGAGUUGAUCCUAAAGAGCGCCUAGCUCAAAUCUGCGAUCCAACAAACUUCUGGGACCAGACUAUGCUCCCGACUUUUGGGAUCAGAGUAUAAUCCCGGCCGGCUGAAUGUUCAGUCCAUGUGUCAUAUAUUGACAAUAUGGGAGAAAUGAGGUCUUGUCUGAGUAUCAGAAGUGGAAUUGCAUCAUUGUUGUUCGGCUGGCGGUGCUCUUCCGAUUGUAGGCUAGACUAAUUGGCUUGCCUUGACAUUUCUUGGUAAAUAGGAUUCACUUGCUGGGCGAGUAGGCUUUAAUCAGCUCACCCGAAGGAUUUGUUUAGACAAUCGGGAACAUCAAGCAUUAAGAUACCCAAAUACUUGCCAUUCAAGGCCAUACAACUUUGCUGCUAGUGGAGAUAAAAACGACGUCAUCUAAUGAAUUUCUCAUUAAAACAUGUAUUGACCUCUUCUUGGUACCUCUGAAAAUAGCUGACACUGUUCGGAAUGGAGGCAGUGUUUAGCAGCCAAACACCGAACUCUUGAUCUUGCCUUGAUCUUCGCGACCUGUACCAGCCAGCCCAUAAAACAAAAUUCUUAUCAAUUGCGGUCUUAUCAAUUUAAAUCCGAUUUCAAUGAAAGACAAGACAUAAGCGUGUACUUUCAGGUUUCAUUGGCCGGUAACCAUCACCGUCAUCAUCACAGGUAACACACACUUUCGUGUUUACGACUUACACCUCAUUCUGUUGUGAUAACAUGGAAGCAUCUGGAAAAGAGGAAAGAGGGUACAAAGUACGUUUCAGACACCGAAGAGACAAUGAUCUGCACAAUUGGCUGACGGCCGAACAGAAGGCGGCGCUGAAGGAUGUUCCUCAGGGAACUGCCGAGUUCAAGAAGAAAGUGGGAGUGUACUACAACCAGUUGUCGGCUGAGAAUAGGGCCGAAUGGGACAAGUUCUACAAGACUCACUGCUUCGAGUGGACUGCCAAAGUGCAGAAUGAGGCGGAAGAGACCGAGUUCCAGAAGAAUCUGGCUGAAAACAAUGCGGAGAAAGUGAAGGGGAGAGUGGGAGAGCUCAAAGGAAAACUGGGCGAGGACGCGAAGAAGAACGUCGAGAUGUGGGAGGUAUGAGAGAAAAUGAAAAGAAUGAAAAGCAGUUGAACGCUUUUAGGAGGACUGCUACAAACUGUUGAAGCCCAAGCGAAUGAGAAGAGAAAUCGAGCCAGCGUUCCAAGAUUUCGUGAAAUGGAUGACUCCGGAGCAAAUCGCAGACAUCACAGCUCUGAAGACUUCUGGAAAGGAUAGCGAGGUACAGGCCAAGGUCAAAGAGUUCUUUGGACAAUUGCCCACUGACAGACAAGCCGCUCUGAGAGAGGAGUUCAAGGGAAAGUGCAGAACUUACUUCACUCCCCUCAUGACGGCUGACGAGCUCGAGAAGAUCAAGACACUGAAAGCCGAUAAGGCGGCCGCCGGGGCAUUAGUGAAGACUGUUGUCAGCAGACAAACUGGAGACAUCAAAACUAUCGCGGAGAAGAUGCUCACGGUAAGGCGUGUACACCAGAGUUAAAAAAAAUCAGGUAAUAUUUAGAUUUGUGAUGAAGUCUACAAAGAGACUGCCCGCGCGCGCAGAGCAAUUGAUGCUCAAUUCCAAGACUUUGUGAAGUGGAUGACCCCGGAGCAACUCGGAGAGAUAACUGCUUUGAAGGCUGCUGGAAAGGAGCCGGCCGCAUUGCACGCAAAGACCAAGGAGUUCUUCGGACAACUGCCCGCCGACAGACAGGCCGCUCUGACAGAGGAGUUCAAGGGAAAGUGUAGAACUUACUUCACUCCACUGAUGACCGCUUCCGAACAGGAAAAGAUCGGAACUCUGAAGGGAGACAAGCAGGCGGCCUCCGCUCUUAUCAAGACUGUUGUCGACAGACAAGACGGAGAGGUUAAGUCUAUUGCCGAGAAGAUGUACGGAGUGAGUUUGAUGGGCAUGGAGAGCAUGAAGAAAUGGGAAAGUUUCAGAUCUGCGGAGAAGUGUACAAGGAGUCGAGCCGCAGCCGAAGAGCAAUCGAGCCUGCCUUCCAAGACUUCGUUAAAUGGAUGACUCCUGAGCAAUUGGGAGACAUUACAGCUCUGAAGUCUGCCGGAAAGGACAGUGAGGUGCACACGAAGGUCAAGGAGUUCUUUGCUCUUCUUCCCAAGGAGCAGCAAGCUUCGUUGAAGGAAGAGUUCAAGGGAAAGUGCAAGACAUACUUCACGCCGCUCAUGACUUCUGCUGAAAUUGAGAAGAUCGAGACGUUGAAGGCCGACAAAGAAGGAGCCGGAGCCCUUGUGAAGGCCGUCGUGGACCGCCAAACCGGAGAAGUCAAGACUAUUGCCGAGAAGAUGCUCGGAGUUCGUUGUGCUUUCCUUUCUUUCCUCAACUCACACUUUCCAGGUCUGCGGAGAGGUUUACAAAGAGUCGAGCAGAAAGCGCAGAGAGAUCGAAGCCGCUUUCCAGGACUUUGUGAAAUGGAUGACUCCGGAGCAACUGGGAGAGAUCACGUCCCUCAAGGCCGCCGGAAAGUCUGCCGCCGAGCUGCAGACAAAGACCAAGGAGUUCUUCGCUCUCCUUCCAUCUGAGAAGCAGGCUUCUCUGAAAGAGGAGUUCAAGGGAAAGUGCAAAACCUAUUUCACUCCUCUUAUGACUUCUGCCGAACUCGAGAAGAUCAAGACGUUGAAGGCCGACAAGGAAGCCGCCGGAGCUCUGAUAAAGGAAGUUGUUGACAGACAAAUCGGAGAUGUGAAGGCCGUUUCGGAGAAAAUGCUCGGAGUGAGACCACAAUUAUUUUCUUGUUUCACCUGUAUUAACAUUGUAGGUUUGCGGAGAAGUGUACAAGGAUUCGAGCCGAAGACGCAGAGAAAUCGAGUCAGCGUUCCAAGACUUUGUGAAAUGGAUGACCCCGGAGCAACUCGGAGAGAUAACUGCUCUGAAGGCUGCUGGAAAGGAGCCGGCCGCAUUGCACGCAAAGACCAAGGAGUUCUUCGGACAACUGCCCGCCGACAGACAAACCGCUCUGAGAGAGGAGUUUAAGGGAAAGUGCAAGACAUACUUCUCGCCUCUGAUGACCAGCGACGAGUCUGAAAAGAUCAAGGGACUGGUCGGAACUGGAGACAAGGACGCAGCCAGAUCUCUUAUCAAGGGAGUCGUGGACCGGCAAACUGGCGAAGUAAAAAGUAUUGCCGAGAAAAUGUUCGGAGUGAGUCGACUGUUCUGAGUCCCUCAGCACGUCUUUAAUGUUUCAGAUCUGCGGAGAGGUGUUCAAGGAGUCAAAGUCGAAACGUGACGUGGCCGCGAAGAUCGAGAAGCACUUGGGAUGGCUUCAGCCAGCUGAGAAGGAAGAGAUCCUCCAGAUGACCAAGGACGGAAAGAGCAAGGAGGAGAUCAAGAAGCGACUUCUCGAGAUCGUCGAUGCCAAGGAGAAGGACGCCGGCGAGAAGAUGAAGGCGGUGAAGCUGUGCUACGCGUGGAUGGACGAAGUGGCCACGAAGGAGGAGGUGGAGAGUCUGCACAAGCUGCACCACGUGGAUCACGGAGCCUGCAAGAAGAAGGUGCGCGAGUUCAUCGGAAGGUUGCCCGAGGAGAAGCAGCAGGCCGUCGAGGCUUCCCUACCGUUCUGUGAGAAGCUCUGGUACGGAGGUCACGGAGAUCACGAAGGACACGAAGGACACGGGGAUCAUUCGGCACACCAUCAUCACAGAAGAAGACGUCAUUUGGCGGUCGUCGAGAAGUACCUCACGUGGCUCGAUGAGACUCAGAAGAACGAUAUCGAGCAGUUGGAGGCAUCCGGGGCCGAGUUCAACGUCAUCUCCGACAAGAUCAAGGAGUACUUCGAGAAGCUUCCGGCCGAGCAGCAGACAACGAUCAAGGAUCAAUUCCAGCAUCAGUGCAUGAUCUGGGCGAAGGAGGUGUCGAAGCCGCUCGAGUGGGAUGAUAUCAAAAAGUUCCACGCCGCGCAGGACUGGAAGGCUCUCAAGGGGAAGCUCGUGGAGCUCGAGGGGCGGCUCACUGAGAAUCAGAAGCACACGAUCGAGCACGUGAGAGGAGUGUGCUACAGACUGUGGGGAAUCAAGGAGGUGGCCAGAAGACGUCGCGUCGUGCCGGUCUCCUUCGAGGACAGGAUGAUUUCGCAGCAGGUUGCCGCCCAUCUCGCCAAUUCUCUGUAA